AUGAAAGAGGCGAUCAGAAUGGUACUCGAAUCCAUUUAUGAUCCCGAGUUUCCAGACACAUCGCACUUCCGCUCGGGUCGAGGCUGCCACUCGGUCCUAAGACGGAUCAAAGAAGAAUGGAGAACCUCUCGCUGGUUUUUAGAAUUCGACAUCAGGAACUGUUUUCACACCAUCGACCGACAUCGACUCAUCUCAAUCUUUAAGGAAGAGAUCGACGAUCCCAAGUUCUUUUACUCCAUUCGACGUCAGAAAGCAGCUCGGGAAGAGCUACUACUAAAUUUGAAAAUGUUCAUUUUUCCGGCCUGUCUUGUAAAUGUGUCUCUACCUCUAGCGUUCUUGUCUUGCACGAAAGAGCAGUUCCGCUUUCUAUUGCGCACUCAAGCCAAGGAGCUAAAUAAGGGAAGACCACAGCGGAAACUAGCAGAUGGGUGGGUAGACAAGGCAGUCAAAGUAGGACUCGCUUGUUUCGUCCGUUCGGCUCGUACAGUUCUUGCUUUCAAGGCUCAGGUGGGCCGCUUAGACCGGGUAUUCCGACAACAGAAGAAUUGCCAACAAAAGAAGAAGCAGAUAAGAGAGCAAGAUUCGUUCAAAGGGAAGAGCUUCUUCUCUCCGUCUGGGGUUCUGGCUGAGGCCUUAGUCGGGCAAAUUUCCAGAGGGAUUAGGCGAGGACUGUCACGUAUCGAAGGGGAAGAGAGCAUAGCAAUAGGACUAAGAGAAGGCCAAUCCCCUGCUGUUGGAAGGUUUGCGGGAAGAAUUGGACAAGAUGUGAAAGUUACUCUUCGAGAAUGCCUUACUUCAUCCGCAGCAAGAGAAGUUGCUCUUUUCGUCUUAUCCGCUGUUCUCUUAUUCUUAGACUAG